UACACUUUGCUCGCCUCUGCGGUUCUAUUAUACAUUCUGCUCCUCUGUGCUCGACUCACUGGGGUUAAUGCAAUAACAGUUUAACGACUGCGACCAUUGCAGAACCAGCGACUCAUGGAGGUUGCUAAACUCGCUCAAAUUCUAUCCGAGACGCUUAGCCACGACGUGCAGGUUGUUCAUGGAGCCACCGAGUCUCUCGAUCGCCUCUCUUCUCAUCCCGAGUUUCCGAUCGCUCUACUCUACAAUACUACCGCUGUUCAUACCUUCCAUGUAGGAAAUCAAGAUCAAGGUCAAAAGAUAGCUGCUGCUGCUUACCUUAAAAAUUUGAGUAGGAGAAAUAUCGAGGGCAAACUUCCAUGUUCAAAAGUCAGCAAGGGGUUCAAGGAUGAACUGCUGAGAGCCUUGUUUCAAGUGGAACCGAAAGUUCUAAAAGUUUUGGUUGAAGUGUUUCAUAGCUUAGUGGUCAAUGAGUUUGUGAAGCAGAAUUCAUGGCCUGAACUUGUGUCUGAUCUUUGCUCUGCUAUUCAAAACAGCAAUCUUUUCAACGGUGGAGCAGAAUGUCAAUGGAAUGCUAUCAAUUCCCUUUCUGUUCUUUGUGCGACUUGCAGACCGUUCCAGUACUUUUUGAAUCCUAAAGAUUCUAAGGAGCCUGUACCACCACAGUUAGAGCUACUUGCACAGGCAAUUAUUGUUCCCCUGCUAGCUGUAUUCCAUCGUCUUCUUGAAAAGGUUCUUGCUAAUCAUGAUGGAAUGGAAGUUGAGGAAGAUAAGAUUCUUUUGAUAGUAUGCAAAUGUGUCUACUUUUCUGUGAGAUCACAUAUGCCUUCUGCUUUAGUGCCUCUACUUCCAUUAUUUUGCCAUGAUUUAAUUGGCAUUCUAGAUUCCGUAAAGUUUGAGGCUGCAGUUCCCACAGAGUAUGGCAAUGUGAGCAGGUUAAAAACUGCAAAGAGAAGCUUGCUUAUUUUCUGCAUUUUUGUUACCCGACACCGGAAGUAUACUGAUAAGUUGAUGCCACACAUCAUAAAAUGUGUCUUGAACAUAGUGAAAUAUAGCAAAAAUGUCCAUAAGCUCGGCUUUUUAUCAGAGAGGAUUAUUUCGCUAGCGUUUGAUGUGAUUUCACAUGUUCUAGAGACGGGCCGAGGAUGGAGACUGGUUUCUCCACAUUUUUCAACAUUGAUACACUCUGGAAUAUUUCCACCACUUAUAAUGAAUGAGAAGGACCUGUUUGAGUGGGAAGAUGAUCCAGAUGAGUACUUAAGGAGGAAUCUUCCAUCUGACCUAGAAGAAGUUUCUGGUUGGAGGGAGGAUUUGUACACAGCCAGGAAAAGUGCAAUAAACUUGCUUGGUGUGAUUGCAAUGUCAAAGGGGCCUCCUACAGUGACCCAUACAAAUGGUUCUUCAGCUUCAUCAAAGCGUAAAAAAGGCAACAGGAGAACAAAUAAUCAACGCCCUUCUAUUGGGGAGUUGGUUGUACUUCCAUUUCUUUUGAAGUAUCCCAUUCCCUCUGAUGCAAAUGCUUCCCAAACUAGUAUUGUAAAUGAUUACUAUGGUGUUCUAAUUGCCUAUGGUGGCUUGCUUGAUUUUCUAAGGGAGCAACAACCUGGAUAUGUGACGUUUCUAAUCCGCACAAGAGUGUUGCCACUAUAUGCUGUAUCAAUGUUCCUGCCAUACCUAGUUGCCUCUGCAAAUUGGGUACUUGGAGAGCUUGCAUCCUGUCUGCCUGAAGAGCUCUGUGCAGAUAUAUAUUCUUCAUUGGUCAAGGCAUUAUCCAUGUCUGAUAAAGAGGAAAUAUCAUUUUACCCUGUGCGAGUUUCUGCUGCCGGAGCAAUACCCAAGCUUCUUGAAAAUGACUACUUUCCACCUGAGUGGUUACCUCUUCUUCAAGUCGUAAUAGGUGGGAUUGGCCAAGAUGAUGGAGAGAACUCUAUUUUAUUUCAGCUUCUCAGUUCUAUGGUGGAAGCUGGAAAUGAAAACGUUGCCGUCCAUAUUCCUCAUAUCAUUUUGCCUCUGGUUGGUCCAAUCUCAAAAAGCAUACCUCCUAAUUUGGAGCCAUGGCCUCAAGUUGUCGAACAUGGUUUUGCAGCUUUAUCAGUGAUGGCCCAGGCUUGGGAAAACUUCAUACGUGAGAAAAUGGAGCUAGAUGAAUCAUGUGAACUGUCAACAUCUGAUCAAGCCACAAUCAGUAGGUCAUUCUCGUCUCUCUUGCAGCAGGCGUGGCUUGCACCCAUGUACUCAUUGAUGUCCCAGGAAAUGGACGAGGACCGGGAGUUCUUGCCCCCUCCAUCAUGCAUAGAUCAUUCAUCAAGGUUGCUUCAGUUCAUCAUGCUUUCUGUUGCAGGGAGCAAUAAUAUUUUAGAACUUAAAAUAUCUGAAUUAGUAUCAGUCUGGGCCGAUCUAAUUGCUGACUGGAAUUCUUGGGAAGAAUCAGAGGAUUUCUCAGUCUUUAAUUGCAUUAAGGAAGUUGUAAAUUUAAAUAAUAAAUAUGCACUGAAGAACUUUUUUGUGGGGCCAGCACCAUCUCCUCCAGCUCCACCAGUGCCUCGAAGGUCUAUUGUAGAAAACAUUGGAGCUUUUAUCAAUCAGUCAAUCUCGCAAUAUCCAUCUGCUACGUGGAAAGCUUGUUCUUGCAUUCACAUGUUAUUAAAUGUUCCUAGUUACUCUUUUGAAGCAGAAGGUGUUAGGCAGUCACUGGUAGUCACUUUUACUCGGACAUCAUUUUGCCGUUUUAUGGAAAUCCAAGGGAAACCCAGUGCAUUGUGGAAGCCUUUACUGCUUUCCAUAUCAACAUGCUACAUCUGUCAUCCUGAUACUGUAGAAAGACUUCUGGAGAAGUAUGAUGGAGGAGGCUUUACAGUCUGGGUCUCAGCCCUAUGUUAUAUCUGUAGCAGCUAUUUUGUGCCCGGUCUGUCUGCAGAAUCAGAAAUAAAGUUGAUUGUGAUGACAUUGGUCAAGGUGGUGGAACGAAUUAUGGAGUUAGGAAAGCCAAAAGAUGAUUUUCUAUGGAAGUGCUUUGGUUCAUUAAUGGAGGCAUCCAUCCGGCUAAAGGAAGUGCGAGGAAAGGAAGAAGAAUCUGAUGAUAAUGAAGAGGAGGACGAUGACAGUGAUGAAUUAGAAGAUGAUGAGGAUUCUGAUGCUGCUGAGCUUGAAGAAACUGAAGAAGAAUUUCUGAAUAGGUAUGCUAAAGCGGCCAUUGAUUUGGAAAACUCUACUCUUAUCGAGGAGGCAGAUGUGGAUGAUCAAGACCAGGAUAUUGAAUUGGGUCGUUAUGAAGACGUUGAUGAAGAACAGAUCCUGCACUCACUAGUGGAGAAAUAUCGCCACAUCUUCCUUAGUCAAGGACAGGGGUGGCCAUCAGAGCUCCUAAUGAGAUUUUCCAAUGCGUACCCAGAAUAUGCUACGUUUUUCCAACGGUCUGGGUAAAGAGGAAGCAACGGCGAUUAUUAUUUGCUGCAGUUGUGGAAGUGUUCUUCACCUUGCUGUGCGUUAAAAUUAAAUUAUUUAUAUAUGAUGUGUAUAUGAUUAAUCUGUGGUUGAAUUCCUAAAAAUGUAAGAGAAGAGGGGUAGGUCAAAGUUGGUGUUCGUUUGCAUCUCGACAUCCUGGUGUGUGCGUGGAAUCUGUGCCUUUGCUACCUGAAAUGAUGAUAGGAUUUUUCUUUAUAGAAAAUAGGAUAAGAGCUCUUGUGUGUACAAAUUUAUUUAAUUGGUCGUAGUUUGGGUGGGAAGUUGCGUAAAGGAACACCAAGCAGUUUGAUUUUUGAAGUAGGAAGUGGAAACAAGCAUGGAGGUGGAGUCACGAUCGGCUGUAUUCAUGUAUUAUUAUAUUCCCAGACCGAUUCAGUAUCAAUAAAACUUGGGAAUUACAUGGCUCCA